AGGAGGGCUUCACAAAGAAAGGUGCAAGACAGAUGGUUGAAGACCUUUUAUGUGCAACUUUGAACUUAAAAGAUGGACGCACUUUAGUUGGAGGCGUGAAUAUGAUAAAGGAAAGACUAGGUAAGAAAAAGGUUCUUCUUGUUCUUGAUGAUGUGGACGCAAUGGAGCAAAUUGAUACCUUGAUUGGAGAAAAUCCUUCAUUUGGCAUGCCUUCAAAAUCUGGAUCUGACUGGGUGCUCAAAACUUUCAAAGUUGCCUGACAACUUCCAGAAUUGGGAAUCUUUGAAUAAUCUGGAUAAUCUGGAGGGAAGUGGAAUGAAACAUCUUCCAUUCUGCAUAUCGCGAAUGAAAGAAUUUUCAUGUACGGGAUGUAAAGAAUUGACAGCGCCCUUUAUCUCGUGGCCAACAUGUAUGAGGAAUCCUAGCUCCUCUAUUCUGGUCUAUCUUAAUUUAAGUGGCUGCAAUGUUUUGGAAUUAUCGGAUGCUAUUGCUCAUUUGUCAUCACUGAGAGAAUUAAUCUUAUCGGGAAACAAUAACUUGGAGAGUCUACCUGAAGCGAUGAAUCGCCUGGGUGAUUUAGAAAAGCUCUAUUUAAGAGGUUGCAAGGGACUGAAAUCAAUACCAGAGCUUUCAUCAAGUAUACGACGCAUAGCAGCCGAUGAUUGCACAUCUUUGGAGACAGUUUCAACACCACAGUUACCUUGUGUUGGAAGCAUUCGCUUCUCAUUUUUUAAUUGCUUGAAACUGGUGAAUACCAAUCUAUUUAUGUGUAUUGUGGAAACUGCUGCUACUGACAAUCAGGGCGAAGAUUUGGGUUCUGAUUACCGUAUGUGUCUUCCUGGAAGUGAUAUUCCAGAUUGGUUCAACCAUCAGGAUAGAGGGUCUUCCGUAACUGUGCAGCUACCACCCGAUUGGUCCCACAUGUCUGACGGGUUGGCUAUAUGCGCCAUCAGUAACUUGCGGGGUGCUGAUAAUGAAGAAACUCUUGAAUCUGCUUUUUGUUAUGCUACCUUGAAAGCAAAUCAGGGUCAGGACAACUUCUAUUUUCGUUUGCUACCCCGAUAUCAAGGUGGAAAUGAUGUGCCCCUUGAGUCGGAUCAUAUGAUCCUGGUAUUUAUAAAUUCAUUAAAUUUUGAAACUUUUCAUAGUGGACGCAAGUACACCCAGGCCACAUUUAGGAUUGUGACAACGGACUCCAUUACAGAUGAUCCAAUGACAUGGAAAGAUUGCACUUGGAUCUCAAGUUGCGGGGUUCGCUUAUUCCAAAUGAAUGCACCAUCCUCUGUGGACCUUGUUUGCAAUGUGGAAAACAGAGAAACAGAGAUAAGUAGCAAGAGAAAGAGAGAGACACUAGAGAGAGGGAAAGAGAAGAUGGGGGUAGAGGUGCAGAAAGAGGAGGAAGAGUGCUCAGGAGGUCCCAUAUGCUCCUGCUUCUCGUUGAGUGGGUGCACUAUUUCGUUGAGAAAGAAACAAAGACAAACAGAAAGAGAGGCAGAAGGUGUUGCUGGAUUAGAGUCAGAGGAAGCGGACGUCUCAGGAGAAGGGGGACUCCUCACACUGUCUCUCUAGAGAUGCUGAGUUUAGAGAUACUGGAUUGGAAAGAUCUGAAAAAUUUUGGAAUAGUUCUGGAGUGGGUUGAAGGAGCAAGGUCAUGCCAUAUCCGAAUUGUCGGAGAGGGAUCCCUAAGCAUUUCUCCGCCACUGUUGGUGGUCGACUGAUUGGGGAAAAGGUAUAGAAAUAAUGCUUCCAAAUUGUCUGCACUGUAAUCUCAAUCAUCAGGAUAUAUCGUAUUCACAUGUGUGAGGCUGGUUCAGUGUCUAAACUCAUGGACUUAGUGAUAUUUUCCUGAGUGAUAUUUUGUUUAUAGAUAUGUGACAUUACGGAAGCAGGUUUUGAUUGCCGCGGAAUUAGCUUUCAACUUUCAUAACAUGAAUUUUCUUUUUAGUGAGAUUCAUAACAUGAUGGCUAACUGUAGGUAGAAUGAUAUCUGCAGUAAAGAGUAGGAUCUUAACUGCAUGGGUUUGUUCUGUAGGCUUUAACUACUAA